AUGGUUUAUUCUAUGGCCCAGUUCCCCUUUCCUCAACUAUCUGAAUUAAGAGAGAAAUAUACGUACAACAUUACACCAUUUCCUGCGUCGGUAAAAUCAACUGCUAGCCGACUGGGAAAAAUAAAAGACAGUGAUGAAGAGAAUGAAAUAGAUGAUGAAGACUCCAUAGCAAAUGUUAUUGGAUGUCUUGGACCAUUUAGUGGAUUUUUGGCUCCAGAACUACAGAAGUAUCAAAAGCAUUUCAAAGAUCUUAACCAAGAGCAAAGUUUUGGCUCGAGUAACAUUGCAGAACUAAGUCCUGGAGCAGUGAAUGCCUGCCGAAGUGAAUAUCAUGCGGCUUUUAACAGUAUGAUGAUGGAACGUAUGACCACAGACAUCAAUGCGCUGAAAAGGCAGUAUUCCCGGAUAAAAAAGAAGCAGCAACAGCAGGUUCAUCAGGUGUACAUCACAGCAGGGUAUGAAGAUGAUGACCUUGGGAUAGUAUUAGAUCCCAGGGACCAGCUGAAUAAUGAUAAAGGUGCAGUUACCAGUCUUCUGCCCUCUCAGGUAAAUCAUUCUCCAGUGAUCAACCAUCUUCUGCUAGGUAAGAAGAUCAAACAAACCAGCAAGUCUGCCAAAAAUAGUGUUCCAAGCCACACUGGGGGGAAGAUGUUACCAGGCCCCCAUGAAGAUAUUAAAGCAAAGCUAAACUCUCCAUGGCGCACUCACAUGAGGGUACACAGAAAGAACAUAGCAAGAGCCAAAGGCCAGCUGGGCUAUGGAGAUACUAUAGGACUAAUUGAGGAGCAGAGUGACCGUGGGAAAGCUAACAGUAUUAAUGCAAAAGAAGAAACUGCAAACAAAGCUAAAUCUAUGGAAAGUGAUGGGAACAUUUCAACUGAUGGACAGUCUCCUGAACCAGCUUACAAAGAUACCAAUACCAGUGUCAAUGUAUCAGUGGUCCAGCAGAAGUUGGAAACAUUGGAACUCACACAGAAUAGUACAGAUGGUACUGAAGAUGAAACGCAUACUUCUGAGUUGCCAAGUUUGGCCAGUGACAAUGGAACAAUGGCAAAAUCCUGCACUCCUAAGUCACAAGUAUUUUGUCCUUUCCCUAGUGUCAAGCCACUCAGAAAAUCAGCUGCAGCCAGAAAUCUAGGAUUGUAUGGCCCAAAUGAAAGGACCCCAACUGUACACUUCCCACAAAUGAGUAGGAGCUUUAAUAAGCCUACAAGUGGUAACAGUGGGUCUAAAAAACGAUGAUACAUAAACAACUGGCACUUCAUUAUUAUAAUUGUUACAGCUACCAUUAUUUUAGGUUUUAUUAUGCUGUAUGCUUCCAAGGGGAUUUCUAAAUAAUUUAAUUCUUUCAUUGAAAUAAUGAAGAUAAACAAUUUAUGUAUACAUUAGCUGAAAAAUUCUGUUUUUUUUUUAAUAAUGUAGACAAGUAGAAGUACAUAAUGGCAUAAUUCUUUUUCACAUUAAAAAAACUGACUUGCAGCAUGAGAAAUGUUUGCCACUUCAUAGAUAAUAGCCGUAGGAAAGCACUUUAGAAAGUUUAAUUCCAAGUUGUUCUGUCAAGAAUUCUUAAAUAAUUGCAGGGCAAUUUUUAACUUUAUUCACCAUCCAAAAAUGUUAUCAAGAUUUCCACCUUUUUAUGUUUCAGUGGCUUAAUAACAGAUGUCCUUAGCAGCUUAGAAGGACAGCCCUGUUAUUGCUUGUCAUCCGUAUCCUUACACUAACAUAUUUAAGCAUCUGCAGCUAUGGUUUUCUAACUACUGCUAUUUUUUAUAUAAUUUUAUCAGGCAAAGAGAGAUGUUACAUUUUUUUUACUUAUCCUGGUGACUAAUUACUUUUAGUAAGUCACAGUGAUUGUAGGAGGACAUACUUACAUCUCAUACGUUUUAUUGUUACAGUUUCCAGCAGUAUUUACUGUUAAGCAAAUCUACUUGACCUAAUCCUAUAUUACUCAAUUUUAAACUGAGUAGAGCUUACACCUGAAUAAAGGUGAAUAAAGUAUACCUGACAACCAACCAACCUUCCUUCCUUAAGUCAGAUUCAGUGUAAUGUUUUCCCUAAUGUGUCAGUUUGUCAGUUAAGCAGAUUCAUGUUUGUGUUCUGAUGUACUUUUUAAAGCAUUUUGGCAGCUAAAGGUUUUUAGCAGCUUUCUCCAGACAUUGCUACUUCUAUCCACAUCUGGAGUGAAACAGUUUAUUGAUUCAGAAGUGCGAAGAGAUUGGACCUGGUGUGUAUAGUGCCAGGUAAAACAGAAUGAGGAACCUGUGUCUUUUUACUGAAAUCCAGUUCCAACAGUCUCAUUAUUAGCUAUGUUGGUUUGAAGUGACAGCAGAUAUGGCUCUUUAGACGUUGCUGAACUGCAAGUCCUCCACUCAUGAUGUAAAGAACUGUUAAAACUUUAAGAUCUGGCAAGUACUAUGAAAUGUGUUUUUUUUUUUAUUUACAUUUUUAAAACAAAGCUUUAUUAUCAUCAGUGACCAAUAAUCAAGAUUAGCAUAACAUAAUGUAGCAAAUAUAUCUAUAAUACUUUUUUUAAAAGCCCUGCUAUUAAAAAUAGCUGUGUUAUUUUUAUUGCUAAUUGGCCAGGAGUGUGUAGACAGGCAAUCACACAAAAGUUUUCUGUGCAGCUACAAAUGCUCAGUUUUUAGUCUGAUAGAAGGUAACGCAUGAUAGACUAUUUUAGAAAAACAGUACAUAGAAGAUAGCCUCUCUUUUGUCCCUUGAAUACACCAUGCAAAGAAUUAGCAUUUGCAUUUCUAACUAUAUAAAAUUUGCAAUAUCUGAGGUUAAUAGAUAAUUAAACAAAUUAAUUGGGACAUGCUGAAAAAGUUCUCUCUCUGAAACAACUUGCAUGAGUUAAAUAAGAAUAUUAAGAACUUACCUCAUAAGAUGAUUCUCGAGACAGAAUAUUUGUGGACUCUCAAUACAAUCAAAAUAAUAAGUGCUGCAAUUAACAGUAUAGUUAUUUAAUAAUAGAGGAUGAAACACAGUGAAUAAUAGUUGUAAGUCUUCAGCCUAAGUGUAUACAGAAGGAGGAAGAGGAGGAGAAUUCAGCCCUAUAGAUUCCUCAGAUGUAAAAGAUGUCCCAGUCUGUGUCUUCCUCAGCACUUGAGUAUGUCUCAGAAUGAGUAAUAGGUUAUUCUACGUUUAACAGCUGAUUAAAGGAUUAUUGUUAACCAUUGCAUUAUACAGAACAAGAGAAUCCUUUAGGCAUCUAUGUAAUAGCUAUUGUAGUUAUAAAUGCAUUUAAGUUUUAUAUUCUAAGAGCUCAGAUAAGCAUACCCAGUCUAAUAAAAAACUAAGAAAAUGAAGUGACUGGGAUCUAAAUAACUCUUCAUCUAGUUCUGGAUUCUGAAACAUCCCUCUGCAGGUUCCAUGGCAAAAUGUUGUUCUGAAACUGACAUGAGGUAUCUGGUACGGCAUUCAGGUCUGCUCUUAAACGGGUUAUAAAAAUUCCACUCUGCUUGUGUUUAUUAUUUGUAAAAGCAUUUAUAUGGCUGCUCAAGGCAAAGCAUGUGACUCAGGUGUGUACAAACAAGAAGAGAAAAUCAUAAGUCAAUACAAAAAUAACAUAUUUCAUUAACACAUAAUAAAUAGUAAAAUGGCAAUCAGAACUGAAAUCUUCAUCAACUGGGGACUCAACUCAUCCUGACCCCAAGGCUCCAGGAAAAGUGUCAAAUUUAGUUCUUUGGAUCCUGAAUAUUUAUUCUAAUAAUUAGUAGGUCCUAUAUAAAGAGCUAGUCUCUAUAUAAUGUGAAACCAUGUUGGUACCUAACUUGAUACAUGGACCUAACCUUAAUUUUGAUUCCUUAUUUCA